AUGCUGGACCUCCGCAAGCGGGCGUUCGACGCCGUCGCAUCGGCCGUCAUGGCCUCAUCCAACCCCGGGAACGAACAGCCCGAACCUAUCAACGUCUUCGCCAUCAUCUUGUUCAUGGUGACCCUCAUUUUCGCUGCUGCUGGGUUUAUUCUGUUCGACUAUACAUUCCAAGUCGUCAAGAUUCUCACUAUCGUCGAGGACCUCCCUUCGGACUACGAUCUAGCUCCAGCAUACGAUCCUAUCGACGGCGACUCAGAACCCGAAGACGGUGCUCCACCACACUACCGUGAUGACGCCGAAAUACACGCGGAGAGCCCGACGGCACUUAAAAUUGCCCCGGGUCUCUACCUUGGCGGCUCACCUGAUGUUCAUGGGAAAUAUAUUACUUCUUCGUUCCGAAAGGCUAUCUUGUACCUCCGACACGAAGCCGGCUUCUGGUCUGCAUGGAGGGGUUUUAGCGUGAAUAUCGUAUACUCGAUCGCUGCGUCUUGUGUGAAUGGUAUUUUCUUGAGCAUGUUCCCCUUCCCUUUCGGGAGGUACAUCUCCGGUGUUUUUGUAAUGUUGGCCGUUAGUCCUUUGAGUCUGGUUCACACACACAUCAUAAUCGCACCACCAACCAAGGAAACCUGGUUCGGUCGUCUCUCCCGUCUCCCCUUCCGAUCCAUCCUACACACCCUCCCAGCCGCCCUUUUGGUCGCAAUCACCGGCCAAGCAACCUAUGCUUUCCCAGAUCUAAUGGUCAAAGCCUUCGUUCCAUCCCGUGCAUUCGACGAUCCACCACCACAAGGCGACAACCCAUACCAAAGCAUGCUGACACCGCUCCAAUGUCUUGCCAUCUACUCUGUUUUCCUAGCCAGUCAUGUAUUCCUAUUCAUCCCAUCGAUGAUCAUCCUGUACAGAGUUCAAGCUUCGGUGUAUGCGUCCACGGAGGAAGCUAUUAUCCCGUUUGAAAGGUUGGGACCACAGACUAUUUUGCAAGCGUGGAAGAGUUAUACCUGGGAAGGCAAGAAGAGGUUGAUUCGAUUGUAUGCCCGAGUUAUGCCGUUGGUAUGGUUGGCGGCGUUUGGAGUGGGGACGUUGUUGUUCUUUGAGAUGAGGUGGGUUAUGGGGGCUAAGGGACAUGUUUUGGAUGCCAUUUUGAAGACGUGGUUGAGGAACCAGUACGGCAGGGCUCCUUAG